GCAAGACAUCGUCAUGUGACAUUGGCGUAAACAGGAAGCAGCUGAUCUUCACUCCACUGCCUGCUUCUACCAAGUAAUGUAUAACGUUACAACAUCUUAAAAAAUAAAACUGUAGUGUAAAAUUGCUUGAGUUUAAGUAACCGCUCCAGCCUGUUGGGUUGAAGGAGAGGAAGAGGAGAGCUGCUGCGGACAUUGACUAAAGUCAUCUGACUUGCAGCUCAGACAAAUACUCUACAUCGUGUCUGCUGAGGGGGAUGUCAAGCACAGCAAUGAAAAAAAAGGUGUUACUGAUGGGGAAAAGUGGGUCUGGAAAGACCAGUAUGAGAUCAAUCAUCUUUGCCAAUUACAUAGCUCGAGACACACGCCGCCUUGGAGCUACAAUUGACGUGGAGCACUCCCAUGUACGGUUUCUUGGCAAUCUGGUUCUAAACCUGUGGGACUGUGGAGGACAGGACACGUUCAUGGAGAACUACUUCACCAGUCAGAGGGACAACAUUUUCAGAAACGUAGAGGUGCUUAUUUAUGUAUUUGAUGUUGAGAGCCGUGAGCUGGAGAAAGACAUGCACUACUACCAGUCCUGUCUUGAGGCCAUCCUGCAGAACUCCCCCGACGCUAAAGUGUUCUGCCUCGUUCACAAAAUGGAUCUGGUGCAGGAAGACCAGAGAGAUUUGAUCUUUAAGGAGCGGGAAGAAGAUCUGAAGAGACUGUCCAGACCUCUUGCUUGCACUUGCUUCAGGACAUCAAUCUGGGACGAAACCCUGUAUAAGGCCUGGUCUAGCAUAGUGUACCAACUCAUCCCAAACGUCCAGCAGCUGGAGACAAACCUGAGAAAUUUUGCGCAGAUCAUAGAGGCCGAUGAAGUCCUUCUGUUUGAGAGAGCCACCUUCCUGGUGAUCUCCCACUAUCAGUGCAAAGAGCAGCGUGAUGCCCACCGGUUUGAGAAGAUCAGUAACAUUAUCAAACAGUUCAAACUCAGCUGUAGUAAGCUCGCAGCCUCUUUCCAAAGCAUGGAAGUGAGGAACUCCAACUUUGCGGCCUUCAUUGACGUCUUUACCUCUAACACAUAUGUCAUGGUCAUCAUGUCGGACCCUUCCAUUCCAUCUGCAGCCACUCUCAUCAAUAUCCGUAAUGCUAGGAAACACUUUGAGAAGUUGGAGCGGGUGGAUGGACCCAAGCACAGCCUUCACAUGCGAAUGCGCUAGCCGGCGCAUUUGUCCCACUGGAUCCUCUCAGCCAAUCAGUCCACAGACUGCAGACAACAUGUUGCGGUCUUCCAGCUCUGUAACCUAUGAGCAGCCCUGCACUGUUUCCUCUCUCUCUAUAUAUAUAUAUAUAUAUAUAUUCACAUUCAAUCACAGUUACUACGGGAGAAAUCGCAUCUUCUUUUGGUCUAAUUUCUACAGUGAUCACAUAUAUCUUGAACCACGAUAUAGUCUGUUGAAAUAUUUGCCCUGUCUCUAUGCAUUAAAGUAAAAUGAAAAGUUACCUUGAAGGGGGGGGGGGGGGCUACCUUUGCUGUCACACUUUGUCUUAUAAAGUAGUUCCAUUCACGAUGUGCAGUGAAUCCCAGUGAUCGGGGGAUGUUAUCUCCAAAUGAUAAGCAGCAGAUACUGUUUGAUUUUCAAAUGCAGUUUGUAAGCUGUUAAACUUUGAAAAGUACGAACAAUAUAGUUAUAUUUCAAAAAGUA